AGUUCGCUGCGGGUUUUCUGAUGAAAAACAUUUGAAAUUUUGAUGUUCGUUGGUUAUUUCGCUGUAUAGUAACGGUUUAAUUACACAGAAAAAAGUGUAGAGAAAAAAAUUCAAAAAAUUAAUAGAAAAUGAAAAUUCUUUUGUUCUAAUAAUUUAUCAAUCUUUGUUCAGCUCAAUUUUGAGGUGUAUAUCAACGACAAAAUAAAAAGUGUUGAGCAAAGACAUUAGAACCAAUAGAAAAUCAUUUGGAUUUUGUGGAUGUUAAAACUUUGUUGGAUAUUCAAAUAAAAAUCGUUUUUCUACCCUUGACUGAUGAUAUUACGUGUAUGAUGUGAUAGGUGGAUAUUUUAUGAACAAUUCUAAUGAUUUAUUGGUUCGGAAACAUUCAACCGAAAAAUAGAGAAUAUUACGUAAAAGUAUCAAAGGGCAAACAUUCGGAAAAUUUCUGCAAUAAUUUUCAUACGGUUUUCAUUGUAUGUACUUCUUCCCAUGUUAAUUAAAACAAAAACAAAAAAAAACUUUUAUUAAUUUCGAAAGAAUUAAAUAUAAACAUUGUUUUCGUUGACGUUGACACACAAUUUGGUCAAAUAAUUUUUUGUUUAAAAAAAAACAUCAUUAUAGUGAGACUAAAAUAGACUGUCGAAAAAAAUAUACAAUUUACCCACUUAUAUGCUCGUAAUAAAAUUUUUGCGUGUGAUUUUGGUGCCAGGAUUACUCAUACAUAGUUAAAAACCACUGACCGACCAGUACUGUGAGGUCGAGUUUUAAUAUUAGAGAAUUGGAACAAAAUCUUAUAUUAAUAUAAAAAAAUUUGUGUACACGCACAUCGAGACGUGUGGAUUUUUUUCGGUGCUUUUCUUUUCUUUUCGACCAUUUUAUUUAUUCGUCAAGGCUUACGUUUAACAUAAAACUGUUUUGUACAUAAAGGACUACCGCAGCCGUAUACGAAAAGCGAAGAAAAGUUUCUUUGAUUAUGUUGAAGGAUUUACUAAAAAUACGAAAUUAACUUGCGCAAAGUGAACAACAGACUCAUUGGAACAGUGAAUUUUUUACGCUUAGUGAGAAAGAAUAAUUUGUCAAAGUUAAAGUGUACGCCAAAACACAGUUCAACAAAACAAUAGACAAAGCGUUAAAAUAUACGAAAACAAAACAAAAAAAAAUAAAAGUUUUAACACUAAAAUAAUUCUAGAAAUUAUAAAAAAUUAAAAAAAAGAAGAAGAAAUAUUGAAGUGAAGUUUUUACAUAGAAUUUCGUUUUAUUAUUUUAGUUCUUAACUUUUCGAGCUGUAUUGUGUUUCAAAACUUUUCCAGUUUUUAUUUUUUUCCAAGUUGCAUAAAAAAGCUCUUUAUUACACAUACAUCCAAUGUUCUCUAUGUUACCUUUUUCAAUGUGAUAUUAUACAGCAUAUUCCAGGAAAAAAACAUACCGUGUCGGUGCUUUAACAAUACACGGCAAGGUGGUCGCUUGGAAUAACAGUGAUAUUAUACUAUAUAGAAGAGUUAUAUUUCUACGUUUUUCCUUCGUUUUUUUUUUCGUGGUUAAUAUAAAAUAUAUGGAAAUGUUUUCUCUUUGAUAAAGUUAUGGUCGUCUAAAUGAAAACGAAAAAAAGUGAUACGCAAAUUAUAAAAGUUUUGAAUUUGCUAACUGUAACGUCGACUGUGGAUAUAAGAAGAAACAGCGUUGGAUAUAGAACGAUGUCAUAAUAUGGGUUUCCCGUGCGAGAGAGCGCGUCAAAAGUCAAAAGAAAAAUUAAAACUAACUCAAAGUCAAUCAAAAAUAAACGAACUCGACGACAAUUAUCACAUAAAGGAGACAAUAGAAAAUAAAAUCAAAGUAAAACCGCACAUCCACGAAACGUUCUCAACGACGACACCAGACCUGCAAAACAUUGGAAAUGUAGUUGUUUCAAGAUUUUCGCAAUUGUUGGGCUUUAAUCUUUGCCAUAAACCAACGACCGCUACGACAAACAGCCACCAUUUGGUGCGACAGUCGUUGUGCUUGUAUGCGGCUUCAAGUGUCAUAUUGGCAUUAUGCUAUUUAACGACACCAGUAGCAUCGGAUACACCACAUCCAAUAUUUGCUGAAGGAAAAUCCGACAAAGAAAUAUUAGAUCAUUUGCUUAAAAAUGCACGCUACGAUAAGAGACUUUUACCACCAGUUGACGAUGCGGAUUUUUGCUGCGGUAUGGAUACACCUGAUAAAGCCAAAAACAUAUCUGGGUGGGCACCCGGACGCGCACAAAAUCGUGGAACUUUAACAGUGAAUGUUAGUGUUUUACUGCUUAGUUUAGCAUCACCCGAUGAAUCGAGUUUGAAAUACGAAGUAGAAUUUUUACUACAACAACAAUGGCACGAUCCACGACUGCGAUACGCAAAUCAAUCACAAUAUGAAUAUUUAAAUGCAAUUCAUCAUCAUGAGAACAUUUGGUUACCGGACACCUAUUUCAUCAUGCAUGGUGACUUUAAAGAGCCUAUCGUUCCAAUGCACUUUGCGUUGCGGAUUUAUCGUAACGGAACAAUUAAUUAUUUGAUGAGGCGACAUCUUAUUUUAUCCUGUCAAGGCAGAUUAAAUAUAUUUCCAUUUGAUGAUCCGUUAUGUUCAUUUGCGAUGGAAAGUAUUUCAUACGAGCAAUCUGCCAUUACGUACGUAUGGAAAAACGAUGAAGAUACUUUAAGAAAAAGUCCAUCAUUAACAACGCUCAAUGCUUAUUUAAUACAAAAUGCAACAACUGCGUGUCCAAUCAAGGCUAGUUGGCGUGGAAACUAUAGUUGUCUCAAAGUGGAUCUAAUUUUUACUCGUGAUCGUGCAUUUUAUUUCACAACCGUUUUCAUUCCCGGAAUUAUUUUGGUCACCUCGUCGUUUAUAACAUUUUGGUUGGAAUGGAACGCUGUGCCGGCAAGGUCAAUGAUAGGCAAUUAUAGUUGUCUCAAAGUGGAUCUAAUGUUUACUCGCGAUCGGGCAUUUUAUUUUACUACUGUAUUCAUUCCCGGCAUUAUAUUGGUCACCUCAUCGUUUAUAACAUUUUGGUUGGAAUGGAAUGCCGUACCGGCAAGAGUAAUGAUUGGGGUAACAACAAUGCUGAAUUUUUUCACAACAUCAAACGGCUUUCGAAGCACACUGCCCGUUGUGUCCAAUUUGACUGCAAUGAACGUAUGGGACGGCGUCUGUAUGGGCUUCAUCUAUGCAUCAUUGCUGGAAUUUGUUUGUGUUAACUAUAAUGGUCGGAAACGUCCACAACACAAUGCCAUCUAUCGACCCGGCGAAAAUCCCGUUACACAGCGACUUCCGGCUGUACUAAGCAGAAUUGGGAUUGUUCUCGCGAGUCCUUUGGAAACAAUUGAAUCGGAAUUCAUGGCUGCUCUAUCAUCGGAGAAACAACGUUCCGUUCGUAAAACAAUGAAAUCAUCUACAACAACAGCAAGCCCAUCACAUUUGACAAGUACAACGGAAAAUGAUGUGGAAAUGGGUAAAUCAACGUUAUCACCAGAAAUUCAGCCCAUCAAGCCUCGAAGACGGAAAACGAGUCGUUCAAUUGUUGACGACCAUACAUUCGUUAUUGAUGGAACAUCAGAAACAUUACCGUCAUGCUCUUUAACACAGCCCAAUGAAACAAAAACUGAGGCUGAAAUAAUAUCCUCAUCAUCACCACCAGAUGUGGCAACAAUGACCGCACGAAGACGUGCUAUUGAUGAACUAGCCGUAGAAAAUAUUGAAUUAAGCCGACUAAUGGAUAGCGUUUUCCCGGGUGAAAAGAAACGAGACGCUGGUGGAACAAAUGAAAUAGUAGCCUGUACUAAUUGCGGAGGCGGGUCGAAUCCAUGUACACAUUCAGCAAAUAAUGGAUGCGCUACAGAGACUUGCUUCGUACCAGUACGUAAAAAAGAGCGACCACAUCCAAUAAGAGUGGCUAAAACCAUAGACUACAUUGCUCGCAUAACAUUUCCAUCGGCCUACGCUAUAUUUUUAAUAUUUUUCUUUAUUCACUAUAAAGGUUUCUCCUAGUUGUGGUAUGGGCAUCCUAAUUAAGAUAUUGCAUAAGGCUAUUUACGUCAUCACCUUCAUAUUUUGAUGAAAAUAAAAAGCGGAGACAGAGAUUUUUUUUCAACAUGUGCUAAGCACAUAAAUUGGAAUUUGACAAAUAAAUAAAGUGACAUCGAUGUUGAUGAACAUGACAAACAACUGAAUA